AUGGCCGAGAAAAUGCACUUGAGUUUCUUCGUCUUUGCCAUGAUUGGCUGCAUUACAUUGGAUUCUGUGAGUUCAACUACAACUCACAUUGUCGGAGACAAUUUGGGUUGGAAUUUGCCCCCACACCAAGGGUUCUUCGCGGACUGGGCCAAGAACAAAACCUUCGCUGUUGGCGACGUACUUCUUUUUCAGUACAACCCUGGGCUCAACACCGUGGUUCAGGUGAACAAGGAGGACUACGAUAAUUGCACUUCAAAAAAUACGAUGUACACAUACUUCAAAGGGAAUUCGACUGUUACUUUGGAGAAGCCAGGGGACUAUUAUUUCUUCAGUUCCGUGGGCAAGCAUUGCGAGGCAGGCCAAAAGCUUUGGGUUAACGUUCCUGAGGGAAAACCCCCCUCGCAUUAA